UCCGUCUGCACACUUCCAUCUUCUCUGCUUCAGCAAUUCUCUGCUGCAAGUGAAGGGACGUGUGCGUGAAUGCAGGAGUGAAAUAUCAAUGGCCGGCUUGAAACUUAUUAAUACACUUGAGAUGAAGGAACUACCGAGAACGAAGAAACUAAUAUGAGUUAAAACGUCAAAUAUCAAACGAAUGGGCUGCUAAGGAUCUCCAGGGGUGACUGAGUUUGUGUAUCUGAGACCUCAGGCCAUCCACAAGACUUGUUGAGCGGGUCAGGAUGCCCAUUCCUCCCCCUCCACCCCCUGGAGGCCCCCCUCCACCCCCAACCUUCAGCCAGGCCAACACCACCCCACCUAAGCUCAACCGAGAUGAGGCCAAAGGCAGAGGAGCCCUGCUCGGUGACAUCCACAAAGGGGCCAAGCUGAAGAAGGUCGGCGUGGUAAAUGACAGGAGCGCACCCAUCUUAGAAAAGCCUAAAGGAGAUGGUGUUAGUAAUGUAGAUGGAGGAGGCUCGUCAGGGGUCAUUCAGCCGAUGGGUGGUCUUUUCCAGGCAGGUGUGCCUAAAUUGCGACCAGUCGGAGAUGGUUCGGUUGGCAGGUCAGCCCUGACGCCUCCUGGCGGGCGCCCUGCUGCUCCUCGUCCCCCCGGACCCCCUGUUCGCCAGGACAACACAGACUGCUCAGCCCUACAGGCCUCUCCCCCGGAGCACUCCCGAUCCCAGAGGCCCUCCCUCCCCGACCUCUCCCGCCCCCUCAGCGGAGGCAGCCCUAACAGUGGCAUGAAGCACAGCUCCUCCGCCCCUCCACCUCCUCCCCCUUUCUCUCGCCGGGGCAACGCACCCCCUGCCCCGACUCAGAAGGCGCCACCACCCCCCCCCUCCUACAACCGGGAGAAGCCCCUCCCUCCCACGCCAGGACAGAGGGGGACUUCCCCGGUGCCGACCCGCAACAGUGCCCCUCCACCCCCUUCUCCCAACAACAACCGGCGGCCCCUGACGUCAGGGGGCUCCUCUGCAUCCUCCUCUUCCUCCUCUCUGGGUCCUCCACCUCCCCCGUACCGCCAGCCCAUAACCAACGGCCCCUCCAGCCCGGUUAACGAAGCCGCCCCGGAGCUACCUCAGAGACACAACUCCCUCAGCAAGAAGCCGUCGCCCGGACCUGGACACACUCCAACCCGUGGGCAAGCGCCACCCCCGCCUCCCUCCCCCUCCCCGCCAGGCGGCCGCCCACCCCCUCCAGUCCGUGAGCCACCCGGUAGAGGAGCAGCUCCACCCCCGCCUGGGUCGACUCAACGAAACGGUGGUCGGGAUGCCCCCCCUCCACCACCCCCCUACAGAGGUAGCCCUUCAGAGCCUCAUAGCCGUGGCAAGCCCCCCCCUCCUCCCUCCCGUACCCCUGCCGGACCCCCGCCCCCUCCCCCACCUAUCCGCAAUGGACACACCUCCAUUUCCCGCUCCUUCGUAGAUGACUUUGAGUCCAAGUAUUCUUUCCACCCUCUGGAUGACUUCCCUGCUCCAGAGGAGUACCGGCACGUCACCAAGAUCUACCCCAGCAAAGCCAACAGAGUGAUGAGGGGAGCUCCUCCUGCACCACCUGUGGGAAGGUGAACACUGAGACUACGUGACUUCUAGUGUACAGGAGACAAGGGACACACACACACACACACACACACACACAACUUUCUCACAUGGAACCUACAGCAUAUAACAUAUACAUGCUUCUCAUUUGACAACAUUUCACUUAAGCUCCAUAACCAUUCACUCACUCGCUCGCCCUUAAAUUGCCCAGGAAUUUUUUUCUAUGGCAGUCUCACUCCAUUUGGAGGUGGAGUUUGGCAGCUUACUUAUGCCAUUCCCAGCCUGUGUCCGUGUGGGUGAACUUGCCCUGUUUUAUCACAAAGGCAUAGUGUUUCCAGGCUCGUGUGUGGAUGGGGAACACUUUGACACCGGUAUGAAAGACAUUCAUCUCCAUACCACGUCAGAGUAUGCACUGUGAUGAGCCCACAUCACCAUGAAACGGGAGAACACCAGUCAGUCGUCUACCUGUAAGAAGAAACCAGUGACUCUACAGCCUGGUCCUAACAGCAGUGACUCUACAGCCUGGUCCUAACAGCAGUGACUCUACAGCCUGGUCCUAACAGCAGUGACUCUACAGCCUGGUUCUAUGUGUCUAAAGGUGAUUGACAUUUGGGGACCACUGUACCUCUUGCUGAUGGAGGGAACUGCAGCUGUUUGAAAGUUCUCUCAGGUAUAUGGUUUGUGGAACAGAACUGGAGAAGACGAUAAGAGGUUCUUUCCAAAAGUGCCAACUGAGUCGGAACUGAACAGCUCAUAUCUUCCCCCCCCCCCCCCCCCCCCCCCCCAUCCUGUCUCCCUGCUGCAAGGCUGUCAUGGGGUUCUCUUAUGACUGGUUGGAAUGAUGGCCUGACAAAAGCAAUAGUUCCAUUUGUUCUCGGUGAUGGUUGGCAGUAAUCAACACCUGUGACAAUCGUUGGUUUGUGGGAGAAGUCAUCCUGUUGAGAAUGAUAUUGCACAUGUAUGGGAUCUUGGCAGCAAGGAAUCUCUCCCUCCCUUCUCUGCGCAUGUUGUUUUUCUUUUUCAGUGUCUUGUCUUGACAAAAUGCAUGAGAGUGAGCUUGUUAGUUGUCCUAAAUGCAAAGCAGAAUGUUAUUAUGCCUUUUAACACUAGUCUGGGUCACUGAAACCAUUUCCCAACUAACUCAUAUGAACACUACAACCCUCACUAGCUUAAAAAUGACAGAGCUUUUCAAAUGCAUCGCAUGUUACAGGAUGCUGCACCAUUACAUUGACACUAAAAUACUUAACCUGAACCCAGGCAAUGAGUCAGAAGCAGUCCAAGAGUUUAUUGUUCAAAAUUGAUGGGGGAGGGGAAUUAUGUUGAGGGUUAAGUAAAUGGAUGCUUUCAAAUACAAACCUUAUCCUGUUGAUUUCAUAUGUUGAUACCCACAAUAGCCACUUGGUGGCAGUAUUUUAUGUUUUUCCAUAGGGAGACGUGGGAGUUACAUGCUUGUGAUGCAGUACCCCUUCAAUUUGUAAUAAAUAAAAUAAAAACAGUUGUGUAUUAUGGAUUUGGCCAGUGUUGAGCGAGAGGGCAGAUCUGUGUCUGUGUACCAAUUUUGAGCUCUACUGCUGAAGGUUGAAUGGACAAACUAGUGAUUUAACAGCCAUGUUGUUCAUCUCAGUCAUAGUUGUCUACAUUCUGUCUUUGAAAGAAAUCUCCUUGAUUUCCAGAAUAACAUUUAUGUAAUGUAGUCCCUACAUUUUCUUUGCUUAAUGCACUUGACCACAAGCCUGAAACAAAUGCACAUUGUUACACAAGGGAGUGAAACUUAAAGGCCGGUACUUGUGAUUGAUUCCUAUUGUUUAUGUGUUGUCGGGUUAGUCUUAUUCCUCAUUGUAAAACGGCCCUGCACCGUGACAGAACCCCCUUGAACCGUCACUCGCUGUUCUCUUUUUAUUUCAACCCUUUGCUGGUCUUUUGCCUUAUUAUAAAGCAUUCGCUGUAAGUCAAUUCUGGAUUUGUAAAAAAAAAAAAAAAAAAAAAAAGCAAAGCUAAGUCAUUAA